CCUUCUCUUUCUCUCCCUUUUUUUCUCUCUCAUUUCUAACUCCCAUCAAAUAAAUAAAACAUCCUAUUCCAGUAUUCCAAUCCCUCUCAAGAUUUAAAUAUGGUGAAAAUCAAACAACAAAAACAUGAAAUCGACAAAAAUAUCAAUUACAACGAUAUAAAAUCUGAUUUAGCCAUUGAAACUUGCAACAUUUUUACUAAUUCUCAUCACUGUUUUUGCAUUCAUCAUCAUCUCAAUGCUCAUUCUCCUACUCCCACUCCUUUUAUUGAUUGGUACUUGAUUCUUAGAGUUGGAGAAGAUGCAGGCAUUUCUAUCAUCAGAAAACAAUAUCAUAAACUUGCAUUGCUGCUUCAUCCGGACAAGAAUAAACAUCCAAAGGCUGAAUUAGCAUUCAAGCUUAUUUCCCAGGCAUACAAAUGUCUAUCUGAUGAAGGAAAAAGAAGUAAUUUUAACUUGGAGAGAUGGAGAAACCAAUGUACAGAAUGCAGCAGAAUCCCACACAACUCUCAUCCUCAACACAAUGCUAAUAACAACGCUAGAAAGUCACCAAGAAACUUAAGGUCUUACAAAAUACAUCAACAAUUUAGAGCCUUAAAAGAGAAACUAAAAGAAGAGGCCAACGUCAUACAAGGGUGCAUUCGGGUUAAUCAAGGCCGGAAAAACAAGUACCCGGUUUUUGAUCCAUCGAGUUAUUCUAACCUAAGCUAUCCACAUAGAAGGAACCAGGCUCAAUCUUACAAGAAAGGUGCUAGUUUUUGGGAUGUCAAGAAGCAGAAUGUGUAUGAUCAAAGAAGAGGCAGAUGUGAAUAUCCCCUUUUUGAGCUUACUACAGAUUGUAAUUCAUUCAAUAUGAAAGCUACUUGUGUUAGUUCUUGACCUACAUAACACAGUUCGCUAGCUAAUUCGAUUUUUGAAUUCGUGAUUUACUCAAGUUUGUCCGAGAAUAGCCUAAAACCAACAAUAAUUUACUUUUUU